GAAAGAGGGAUUUCUGCAAGGGUUCCUCUUAACUAUAGCUAGCACAGGAAUGAGUGCAAGAAGAAAAAAGAAACACAGAAAUUAAGCAGAUUUAAAUUGGGAAACGAAAAAAAAGCAAGGCACCAUUCAAAUAUUCAAAGAAAGUGUAGUUUUUUUCUUCUUUCUUUCUUAUCCUUGCCCAGAAAGUCCAACCCACGAGGAUCAGAUAAUCAAGAAUCCCUCUUUUGUCCACAGUCUUUCCCAUUUUCUUGUGUGUCUCAUUAGGUUAUGAAGAUGAUGGUUGCACCGUGAGGGGCGUGGGUAAAAUGGGAAAUUGCGUUGGAUCCGUAAGUGCCGGCCCUAGCAGCGCUACCCGCCGCAUCAGCUCUUCUACUAGCACCAGACCUUCAACUCCAGAAAUCUCAAGAAAUGAAAGCAAUGGUGCAACUGAAUUUUCUGCAACAAGCAAUAGUGCUGGGCAUAGCCUGUUUUCCACGACGGGGAGUGAGGGCACGCGUUUAAAUGGGGAGAUUCUGCUCGCUUCGAAUUUGAAGGUCUAUACUUAUGCGGAUAUGAAGGCUGCCACUAGAAGUUUCAGGCCGGAUAUGGUGUUGGGGGUGGGAGGGUUUGGCAAGGUGUAUAAAGGAUGGGUUGAUGAGAAGACACUGAUGCCAUCUAAAUUUGGGAGUGGAACCAUUGUUGCCAUCAAGAAGUUAAAUGAUGAAAGUAUGCAAGGGUUUGAGGAGUGGCAGUCGGAAGUGAACUUCUUGGGCAGUCUUUCACAUCCUAAUCUGGUUAAGCUCAUUGGGUACUGUUUGGAAGACAAAGAACUGUUACUUGUCUAUGAAUUUAUGCCCAAGGGAAGCUUGGAAAACCACCUCUUCAGAAGAGGUUCUACUGUUGAUCCGCUUUCUUGGGACUUGCGGCUCAAGAUCGCGGUAGGAGCAGCCCGUGGCCUGGCGUUUCUGCAUGCUUCAGAGAAGCAAAUCAUCUACAGAGAUUUCAAGGCUUCCAAUAUUCUUCUUGAUGUGAAUUACAAUGCGAAAAUAUCAGAUUUUGGCCUGGCAAAACUGGGGCCCUCUGGCGAGAACUCACACGUUACGACUCGAAUCAUGGGCACACACGGUUAUGCUGCCCCUGAAUAUGUUGCAACAGGCCACCUAUACGUCAAGAGCGACGUGUACGGGUUCGGGGUGGUGUUGCUGGAAAUGUUGACCGGAUUAAGAGCGCUGGACAGCAGGCGAACGGGCGGGCAAACGAAUCUGGUGGAGUGGAAGAGGCCAUUUCUGGGCAAGAAAAAGAAACUGAAGUGGGUAAUGGAUCCCAGAAUGGAAGGCCAGUACUCCACAGAGGCUGCAUUGCAGGCUGCCCAGCUCAGUCUGAGGUGCACAGAACAUGAACCUCGCAAGAGGCCAACAAUGGAAGAAGUUGUGGGGAUUCUGGAAGAGAUUGAGUCUAUCAAGAAAGGGAAUGAGAAGCCCUCAAAAAGCCGGAAAUCUCAAUCUUCGUCGCGUCGGCAUAGAGGCGGCAGUUCAGGCCGCAAUGGCAGCUCUCUGUAACAUUGUUUGGUGUUUUGUUGUUUGCUUUGAAGCCUGUUUGGUAACUUGGUUGAAAUUGUGGCCGGAGGCCGCCGGACUGAACUGUUAGGGAAUGUAUUUAAAUUGUAUUUUAUUGUUAAAUUUGGGGAAAAAAUUAUCUCCACAAAAGAAAAGGAUAGAAGUAUC